AUGGCUGGUUACAAUUUGAGGAAGACUGCAGGACGGUCGUCAAGGGUCCAGAAAGGAUCUGGCUCUCCUGCAGUGGGCGGCAAACGUGGGACAGGACCCUUGCUCCAGCCUGAGAGUCCCCUUUCAGGGGAUCAGGUGUCCCAAACUGCUGCCAGGCGGACUGUUGAGCAAUCUACAUCCACUGUACGCAUCACGCGUAGAACAAAAACCUCCAAGCCAACAGUCCGCCGCCCACAUGAAACAAUUGAAAGUCCCGAAGCUUCUAAGACGGCAGUGGAAACCCCAUCCCAGAAGCGAAGAAAGUCGCUGGCAGCUAUGGAGGCCACACUGCAGAAGGCAUACAAAGAAAGUAAUAUGGCCCCGCGUAAUGGUCAUAAGGUACCUACUGGAAGACACGAGGCUGUUCACGCACGGAAACCAAAUACUGUCUCCUAUGAAACUAAUGAUGAAAUCGAAGACACUGACAAAUCUGAGAGCAUUGACUUUGCAAACACUGAUGAAUUAUUUGCGUAUGACACUAACGCUGCCAUUGUCGAUAUAAAUGACUCUGAUGUAGACGAUUCUGAUCAAGAAGAUUAUAUUGAGACCACUAAUAUCUUUAUUCCAAUCUCAUUGGCUGAUACCGAUGCUAUGGAAGAAGCCGCGACAUACGCAAGGCUCAACUUGAAUGAUGCCACUAUUACAAUGUACCAAGGUAGGUUUAAGGAACGCCUCGAGGGCAUCACUAGGCACAUUUUCCAGAUUCUCGGCAAUCUUAAGUCAAGCGAUUCAAUAUUCUCAAGCCCUUUUACGAACUCAACGUGGGUUACUAUAUCACCCCGCCAGAACAAGGUCGAUUUAGUUAUCAAUGCUAUGGAAAAAGCUGUAUUGCCAGCAGCAAGAACUAUCCUCGGGGCCCCAAGUCUUACUCGCGACGGAAUCCUCGCCCUGUCGCCUAUAAAUAGUAAGCAUUUGAAAAAGGGAACAUAUCUUGAUAUUGUGACAAAUGAUUUGGAUGAAACCGAACAUGCUCUUUAUAAUGGAUCAGGAACCGGAACAGCAAAACCGACCGAAUCAGGAGUAUGGGGUCGAUAUGCAAAUCACCAACGCUAUCUCGCAGCACCUCCUGGACCUGACGAAAGUCAACACUAUCGAUAUAUUCGCAGUGGUGGCCAGCGCAGAACAAACUUUAGGCUAGUAAGUAUAUUCGAGACAGCAGAAGAUACUUCAGUAUCGAUCGAGGAUCCCGAUUGGCUUGUUAUUCUGUGGGAAACUGUUCAGAUUUUGAUGACAAGGAGCUAUGAUGUGCACGCCCACUUCGGGAAAUUCAACAAUGCGGCAUGUGUACAAUUAUUCGCGGAUAUUGCAGAUUUUACGAUCCCACAUAGUUUUCCUCGGCCCGCAGAGCCUUUGAACAAAGCCCUCCCAAUCAAGCAGGGUAUUAAGAAACACAUUCGCCCCACAAAAUGUUCCAACUGUGGAGCGAAACUCGGGAAAUCUGGCUGGAGUAAUGUCCCAGGUACGCUUGAUAAAAUAUGGUGUGCCGUUUGUUAUACGUAUUACAGAAGAAACGCGGACGUGCGCCCAGAAAGCAUGUAUGCGAGCCCAUGGAUUGGGAGCGAGCGGGUAUGUUAUACACUGGGUUGCCCAAGUCUAGGGGUGCUUCUGCACCACCCAGACCCGGAACUUAAGGGAAAGUACUUGUGUGAAAAGUGUCUUUACAUAUAUCAAGACCCCCCAGAGCUACGUGUGUGCAUUGAUUGCGGUUCAAAAGACAUGACGAAUCGGUGGACAAAAUGUUUCGGGCAAGCGCGCAAAUGGAGAUGUGGACCUUGCACUACUAAGUGGAAGGUCGCCGAAAGGGAGCGCGACCCACCACCUGCGAAGCCCAGCAAAUGUUGGCAUUGCAGAAAGCCCGCAUCCAAGAAAACCCGAGGCUCUUUGCUUACAUGGAACACAGAGUGCAGAAAAUGGCUUUGUGAGAACUGCAGAUCUUCUUGUUCUAAGAACUCAGUGCUCCCAUUCGUGCGCAGACAAACAGAAGGCAUCGAGUUUAGGUGUGAUACACCAGAAUGCCAACGGGUAAAAAGUCGGUGGUGGAGAUUGUUUCGAGACAAUCAAGACCAGUCUGUCAAACUGUAUUGUCGUCAGUGUCGAUUUCAAAGCGCGCACCAAAGUUUGCCGAAUGAUGAGACCUUUCACACAUGGAUGUGGCUCAGACCUGGGAGACGUCGAAAGUUUCGAGCCGACCUUCUCCGGGACUACCUGGCGAGAUAUCAAAUCAACAAUAGUCCUGAGGCAAUCCGACUCUUAAGCGCAACAGACAAUAAUCAGAUAGAUGAGCAAAUGAAUAUUGCAAACCACUGA